CCUUACAGAGUACAGAGGGGACUCCACUCAAGGGCCUAGGUACGAAGGGACGACUCUCAUCCUAGGCGGGCCGCCUCGUUUUAGAAGCACGCCUGCCAACAUCAAGACAACCUCGUUUUUCUUCUUUCUCUUCUUCACUUGUCAUCUUCAUCAUUAUCUCAGAAAGCAUUCAAACCAUCAGGUUUGAUUUCGCUCCCAUCUUCCAAGCCUAUCUCUAAAUUGAUAUCUCCCGAUUGUUGUUGUUUCUUCUCCAGAACACGACUCUGGCGUCUCUCUGACUGGGCAGUAAUGCGUCUGAAUCUUCAAUAAGGCCAUCUCCAUUACCCUCCUCUCUACCGCAAUCAUGGCCGACCCUACCAAAUCCCCUUCUUUCGCCGCCACGCCCGAUAAACACGCUCCCCCGGCCCCGCGUUUUCAUGACAUCGCCGUCACGCCCCAGAGUCUCCCUCCUCUCGCCGAUGCGUCAACCAAUUCAGCCGUAUCUGCAACUGAUUCGGAGAAGCAUCCCAAGGGAAAAAGGAAACGGACAACGGCGAAAGACAAAAUGGUUCUGGAAGAGGCAUACAGCAGUAACCCUAAACCCGAUAAACAGGCGCGCCUGGACAUUGUCCAGCGCGUAUCGUUAAGCGAGAAGGAAGUUCAGAUCUGGUUUCAAAAUCGAAGACAGAAUGACCGCAGGAAAUCUCGCCCUUUGUCACCGGGAGAAGUUGCUGCUCUUCAUCAUGGAAUUAUGCAUCCCUCAACUUUCGACCCAAUUACACACACUACAACUCCAAGCAAACCCGAACGUCCAUUUCCAGUGUCCGAACGUUCUAUAUCUCGAUUUGGAGACCCCAUUUCUGUGCCCCCUCGACAUUUCGACCGGACACCCUCCAUGCCACGAUAUCACUCAGACCUUGUGAAUAGCACUCCAAUCACCCUUGGCCAUGACAGUUUUCGCUACUAUUCUGACGCCACUCCUAACCGCAUCGAUCCUACUCUCCCACACGAAGCUCGAGAUGUAUCCCAUUCUUUGUCAAGCUCUAUAUCUAGUAAUGUUGGCUAUCUGUCCAACCGGUGGAAUGCUGGGGCCACUUCCUUCUCUACGCCAGCUGCUUUUACCCGCAGCGGUGACGAUUCAUUCAGAUUUGAUACAUUCCCUCCGUCUUCAUGCGCUUCUGAUCGUGUCAUUGCCACCCCUCUCUCCCAAAGCCAGCCCAAGGUUCACCUCUCUACAUCCUUAGACGGAAAGGCAGAGUUAGUCUCCAACCAAGGCUCUCCUUCACGUGAAUUACCCCCUCGACCGUCCUCCACAACGCCAUACUUGCCUGAGGAGCGACAGCGUGGUCUGCAACGAGGCCUACAACGUAGUAGCAGCGCUGUUACUCUCCCUCCCCUGUCGGAACUCACUAGCAGUUUGCCUCCUAGUCUUGUGCGAGGUCGGUCUCGUGAUGUGCAUGCCUGGGAAAAAUGUGCGGACGCUGAGAACCGUGAUGAGCUGACAGCGCAGGCCGAGUACGAGUCGAACGGAUCGGCGGCUGCAGCUAUUAACAUUCUUCGUUCCACGAGCGGGAUUCUCCAACCAAGCAACGCCAAACGCAACGCUCCCAUGACAAGGCCCCAACGACCUCAUCAGGCAAAGAAGGCAAAGCUGGAUCCUACUGGGUCAAGUAUUUCACGACUCGACGCGGACUUGGACGAAAGGGAAAAGGCUGACAGGGAGCAUGGCAAGGUGAAGGUUUCGAUGUUGGUCUCUCCGACAGGUGGUGACUCGGAUAAGGAGAACUUGAGCCCUGACGAAGAGACCAGUUCGCCGGAUCCUUACCACCGUCGACCUCUGCCGCCUGCCCCCAAACAUGCUGGCGAUAACCCUCGACGAGUUGGCCGAGCCCUGCAGGAGCAAAAGAGCCCAAACCUGCUCGCAAACCGCGCAAACAUGGCGCCCACACGACCACGUUCCAUCGUCAAAGAAGGAUUGGAGAUUUUCCAGGACAGGAUGAAACCAGUACUGUCUUCUAGGGAACAAGACAUGGUUCGAGGUUCAAUCAGUCCUAGUAAAAAGCCCGAUAUGGACUGCGUGGCAGGUCUUCUUUCUCUUAGCCAAGGAGCUUGGAGGUGAAGAAAAGAUAAAGGAAAAACUAUAUCUGUAGAUGUUGGGGAACGGAAUACCGGGAAGCAGCGAAAUGACUUGAUAUAGCCUAGGUUGACUAUUGUCGUUUCCUCUUCCGUGGCAGAUAAGGAAUCACUUUGCAUGGCUCACACGAGUCAGGUUUCUCGAUGUUUACAGCUGUAUAAUGUUCGGUAAAGUCCUGAUUCAUGGCGGCACGGGAUUUGGGAUUUGGGAUAGAGUUCGGCGCCUGGAAUUUGUGCUUGUAAAUAUCUUCGUAUUCACAUACUGUUACUUGAUGUGAUGGAGAACGGAGCCAGUCACUUGGCUUCCUGGAUGGAAGAAGAAUUGACAAUAAGAGACUGUCUCGCAAGACCAUCAAGGAAAGACUCAGUUUACCACUUGAAAUGGAAUGUUCAAUGAUGGCCAACAUAGAAUGAUACUGUGAUAGCACUUGGGCAAAAACCGAGGUAAC